GAAGUUUGCAGAGCGCAGUUGUUCCCCAUCCAGUCCAGUGCAGUGUUUGCAAACACCUUGAACGCAAGCGAGAGAAGAAGGGGGGGACUGACGGACAGACGCUCGGCUGCUACUGCUGCUGAAAACAAGCGCUUCUACGCUUGCAUCGCAGGGGACCGCUCUCAUUCCUUCCACUUGGUGUUUUUCUACCUGACAAACACAUUUAACUGCAGCUACAUAGGUUUUUUUUUAUACAAACUCUGGAAAAAUGGAUGUUCUACCCAUGUGCAGCAUCUUUCAAGAACUUCAAAUAGUUCACGACACGGGCUAUUUCUCAGCCUUACCGUCACUGGAGGAGUACUGGCAGCAGACGUGCUUGGAGUUGGAGCGCUACCUACAGAGCGAGCCUUACGUCUCCACAUCCGACCUCAAGUUCAACAGCCAGGAGGACCUCUGGAGCAAGUUGAUCUUGGUCUGUGGGGACAAGGCCAAGGCCGAGUCCGACCCAAAGCUGCCCCCGGCCCACGACGAGGACAAUCAGGACAGCCAAAUCUUGGACACCAACAGUGUCAAUUCUGACGCCAGCAGCGAAGCUUCAGACAGUUCUGAGGAGCUCUCGCCCACACACAGCUUUACCUCCAACCCUCUGGGCUCUGUCUUGGUUGGCUCUGGACCUUUUAGCCCCUCCAUCAUAAGCACUCCCCCGUCCUCUCCGGAGGCCAACUCGGAGCCUGGUGGUGUGACUAACGGCUGGGUAGCCACACACACCGAGUUGCACUUGCCGGUCAAAAUCAGGAGCGGCGGUGUGGCAAAGGGUACGGAAAAGAAUGGACCCAACAGCGGGGACGCGUCCCCGGACGGCAGGAGGCGAGUACACAGGUGUUCCUUCAAUGGCUGUCGCAAGGUUUACACAAAGAGUUCCCACCUAAAAGCACACCAGCGCACUCAUACAGGUGAGAAACCUUACAGGUGUUCAUGGGAGGGCUGCGAGUGGCGUUUUGCACGAAGCGACGAGUUGACCAGACACUUCAGGAAGCACACUGGGGCAAAGCCAUUUAAAUGCAGUCACUGUGACAGAUGUUUCUCCAGGUCUGACCAUCUGGCUCUUCACAUGAAGAGGCACGUCUAGAGCAGGAGAAGCUUCAACCAAGCAACACAGCGAAAGGGGAACGUUUUAAAAGAAAAAAAAAAAACAAAUGCCGUCUCCCGACCAGUCUCUUGGUUGAACUGUCCCAGAGCAGAGUGGCGGGAGUGUGUUCCAGCCAAAGCAUGCCGUUUUGCACCAUACUGAAACCCAGUGCCUCCGGGACCUCUCUUUGGAGAAAGGCACUCUGAAGGUUGUCUGUUGCAACAAAAGGACAAAAUCAUGGAUGGGGAAGAAUUGUUUUUGAUUGAGAAGGACUUACAACACACACAAAAAAAGACAAAAAAAAAAAAAGAUAAAAGACACACAAACAAAACGAGUGAAUGAUUUGUAUGUAUGGUGCAUGAUGUUUUGGGGGACAUCUCCCGGACAGCAGAUACACUGGUACUUUACAAACCUGUCUGAGGUAAGCAUGUGUGCACUGUGAAUGUCUGAGAUUGGCUGACCGGCCCCCUGGGAAGAGAGGAGAAGAGGAGAUCUUUGUGAGAUGGAUUGAUGGAUGGUGCGGGGCUGCCACCAAUGUUGCUGUGGACUGAAUGGGUUUCUGGGGGGAAUCUCUGUUUCCCCGGUGGCAGUGUGAGGAUGGGGCAGGAUGGAAGUUCCUGCCUGUCUGUCUGGCACCCAGACGGGGGGGUCCGAAGCUUUUGAGGCCUUGGGUUUGACUUGAGAGAAGGAGGACGUGACCCAGGGACCAAAACUCCCCCCUGGUCACUGUAUGACAGGAGCUUUUUUGGUGUUUUUGGUGCAGCUACUAAAUGUGCAAUGUGUUAUGUAGCCUGGUUUAUUAUUUUUUUACAAGCUACAAAGCUCAUUUGUAGUCCAAUUGUAUAAGCUGUGUGCUUAGAGUUAUAACACAACUAUACUAUAACUUCAGUAUCAUAGACAGGUGUUGCAUGGUUCUAGGGUUUGUUCAUUUCAUGUUUCCACUGUAAUCAGGACUGCAAAUAGUUUCAAUAAAAGUGCAGCUAAAGUGCGGACGGUUAAAUGUUACAAUAUUGUACAUAAAGCCUUGAUGAUUUCCUCUUUUUAGUUUUACAAACUUCAUCUGAUUCUUCAUCUAGCUGAAGAUUUCACCACUGCUUACUCAUUUUCUCAUUCAUCCUAUGCCUUGAGGAGUAAUUUUGCUUUUUGUACUUUCUUUUUUAUCUAAUAAUGCACUGUUGACCUUAAUGGUGCCUUAUGCAAGUGACUCAGCCCUGUGGCAGCGGUGGUUUUGCUCCGUGCGGAAGUCACAUUUGUUAUAUGGGUGAUUUGACAAGCUUGAUCGAGGCUCAAUUACACAUUAACUCGCACCUCUUUGUGUUUAAUGACAGUUGUCCGCAUCUGUUCUGACGAUUAAUUGUGUUGCUAAAAUGUUAACGUUCUUCAGAAAAGCACCUUUUCUCAGUCGUCUUAGAGUCGGCGCACUAGUUUAGUUGAUGUAUAUCACAUUCAAUUAAGUCAGAACAUGUAAAUAAGACAAAUGCUGUAUGUGUAGAGCACUUAAAUUCAUUUAUUAAAGACGUUAACUACUGUGUAGUAUGUACUCAAGUCCAUCACACACAGCUCUAAGGUACAAAACAACCAGACUAGGGCAACAAAAAUGGUUUUUUUUAUGCGUAGUUCAUGCAGUGCUGCUCCUUUUCGCCGUAUCCCUCCCCACCAUCACCAACACCAUCGUCUCCUCCCUGUCGUCGUCGUCGUCCCCCCCCCCCCCCCCCCCCCCUGUCCCUCCAUCCCUGCAAGGGGGACUGAAGAAAAAGCUAAAGAUUUAUUGUAAUUAACCGGCUGCAGUCGGACAGGCCUCGCCUUGUACUGCCUCUCAGUAAUGAAUUGCUAAAGGCUUUGUUGGCAUGGAAUCUGUCACAGACUGCUGACUGUGUAGGUUGGUUAUUGACCUGUCUGGGGAGCGUUGUUUUAGCCAAGCUGCAACAGUAUUAUCAAAACCACAGGAGCGAGCGAGGGGGCGGGGUGCUCACGGGAGGAGAUAAAGAUCAAGCGUUGACGGUGCACAUACAAGUUUGACUAAAGAAAAAAGCCAACGACAGUAUCUCUCCAAAAGGUGGAUUUUAUUGGAGGUGGAGGGGGACUCUGCAAAAGGUGGAGACCAUAGUAAUUGUAGGGAUUAAACUUAUUAUUGUUUCAGGAUAAAGUGAUCUGUGCCACCCACUCCAGAUCAACAACCUUGCUGUAGGAAUUCGAUGUUGCAGCAAGUUGCACCGCAGCAUGCUACGACUUAUGGAUUUCAGAUCAGCGGGGGAAAGAGACAGGAUGAGUACAAACUUGAAACUGCUUGCUGCCAUAGAUUUGGGAGUGCUGGCAGUGCUUUUUGUGGGCAAAGGAAAGGAACAUCCAUUCUGUAAAAAACACGGCUGCCAAUACUUUUCAAAUGGUAAUUGAGCCUUGAUCAAGCCCCGUGUUUGCUCCCAUCUUUUAAGCUUUUCAUCAUCGCCUUCAUCCCACUACCCCAACUUCUUCUGUGUCACACACACACACACACACACACACACAGCUCUUUGUUCUCAACUGAAUCUUUGUAUAAAAUGAAAAAAAAACACAACUUUUGUAAAAUUGUUAUGUUUAUGCUUUAUGAAAUUUUUAUUUGAAAUUGUUUUGCAAAAUUGUUAUAUUUCUGUAUGAAUGUAUUUUUUAUUGGAAUAAUAAGAAAUUCUUAUCUGACUUUG